AUGGAGAAGCAUAGCCGCCACCUAGUCGCUGAUCGUCCACUACCAGAGGACUUCGAUAAUUAUCUGCCUUGGGCCUGUUUCCAAUUGUCUGUAGAUGCGACUGUCAUUAUAACAAGGACCUUCCAAAGUCAAUAUCUAAGAACGUCUACGGAACGUCAAAAAACUAAAGCCAGUGGCAAAACUAAAGUAGCUAGUGAAACACUUUCUGAACCAGAGAGCCUCACAGGGGGCGCAGAUAUUGGUUCAGGAUUUGCCAAAGGUAUAAAUAUGCUUCAAAAACCUGUCUACAUCGAAACAACUUAUAAUGACUUCUUGCAUUUGGUACAAAUAAAGUUUCUGAAAAACACUGAAAUACCCAGAACGGUUAUGAAAAUCAUUGGUUUUAUACUACCGUACCAGAAAACAUUAACAACGCUUGUAAUCAAUAGUGGACUAACUGCAGGUGUAAUUCAUGAAAUAGAAAGGUUUUUGCCGACAACGAACAUCACUGAAGUAUGUCUUGACGGUACUACGCUCGUUGAGGCAAAUUAUCACAUUCUCUUAAACAAAGGAAUUAUAAAAUAUCUUUCUUUAUCAAAAUGCAAAAUAAAUGACGCUGUAGUGAAAAAUAUUGCUGCAAAGUUAAUCCCUCCAUGCGCAGCUUCAAAGUCACUGUCUGCAUUAAAUUUGGCAACAAACAGAAUCACUGAUGUUGGUGCGAAGCAUAUAGCAAACUUAUUGCGGUACAAUAGACACCUCACUUACUUAAAUUUAUCUGACAAUAUGAUCACAGAUGAUGGAGUAAGUAAAAUCUUUGACAUGUUAUUAGAAUUUCCUCUAACAGAUCGAGAAACGGUUGAAAGAAACAAGAACCGAAUGAAAUACUUACGAGCGAAAAAACAGCUUAUUCUCAAAAACAUUCAGGGCGUGCAAAUGGAUGAUUUUGAUAAAAAAAGUAAAAGAAAAGCGACGAAACCAGCUCUUAGUAAGAAGAAAGAAAAGGUUCAUUCUUUGUCUAUUGUAGGCAGAAGUUUGACUGAUAUUGAGCAGCAUCAUUGGGACAAAGCUGGAGUUAUUGCUGAAGGUAUCUUAGGACCUUUCGAUGAUCCCUUUGGUGCAGACCACACAGAAACGCGAGAAAAUAAAGUGUAUUGUUUUGGGAAUAAUAAAUUGGCAUAUUUAAACCUUGCUUAUAACAACCUGACAUACAGCAGUCUUAAGAGACUGCGUGAUGUUGUAAUGACACAAAAUAUUUUACGUAGAAGUCCACACGGUUUGAUCAAUGUGAGGAUCGAAGGUAACUAUUUGCCUGAAGCUUGUACAGAGUUGGAAAUGAUUGAUAAUAUUCUCGAGGCUGGUUUGGCUUCGUAUAAAAGACCAUCAGAAGUAAAUAAGAAGAAAGUUGUUAGUUCUAAGAACAGCUCGAAGCCGUCUUAA